UUUUGUCUAAGCCCCAGAACCAGCGAAGUUCAAUCAUCAAUGUUUAUUGUUUAUUAAAUUUAUUUCGAAGUUUCAAGUUAGGGUUUAUAUAUGAUUUAGUUGUUGCAAGCGAAUUGUUUGUAUAGCGUUUAUUAAACAAUGUUAAUAAUAUAAUUUGUUUUUUUUGUAGGCUUUUACAUUGAUUCUUAAAAUCAUACAUACUUAACGAAAAUGUCUCAUCAACUAGGACGCCUUGUUGCACAAAUUUUGCAAAGAUAUUGUGGUGAAAUAGUGGAAAAAGUCGGGAAUGACCUAUUCAUGUAUGGAAGUAAACCAAUCGCGAUGAUAGUUAAGUCAACGGGUCUUCCGAGAACUCAGGUUAUUGAGAGCUUGAGAACACUUAUGAAAUUUGAUUUGGCAAUAUUUGAAGCUACAGGACCACAUGUGGAUUACAAACUUCUUCCGGACAAUGUAUUACUACUAAUUAGAUAUCCCAGAUAUCUCCUACAGAUGAAAAGUAAAUAUGGAACAGAAGCAGAACUUAUUAUAGAAGAAUUAUUACAACAAGCAACAUGUAGUGCUACCCUGCUGUUGGUCACCAUAGCCAAUAAAUAUAAGGAUGACAAGGAUAAAAAUCUUACAAUAGUAACACUUAAAGACACAUUUAUCAGCUUGGCAACUGCUGCAUACAUCCAGCAAGCGCCAGUGGCAGAAAUAAAGGAAGGAUCUGAAAUUCCUAAUUUGGUACAAGUAGCUACAAUAGUACCAGACUUAGAUACCAGGGCUCUUAUGCAGGCCAUGGCUAAUCCAGCUGACAUUAAAGAUAAUAUAUAUUGGAAAGUGAACUAUGACAGAUUUCAUCAGGACUUCCGAGAUGAUAUAAUGAUAAAAGCAAUGACAAGGCGUAUUGAUGAUACAGCGGGGGAAGUAAUGCGUCUAUUACUUCAACAAAUGUAUCUAUCGUCAGCUGCCUGGGCAGAGGAGUCCAAUGCAAUUCCUGUCACGGACUUGAGGGAGAGCUCGAGACUAACUGACAAAAUCCUCUUGCAUCACCAUCUUGAGCAUUAUCUCAAGGUUAUGGAAGAGAACGGGGCAGGAUUCAUCCGUCGCGCGGGGGACGCGGGGGGAGGACAAUACUGUGUUCAGGCAAAGGUGGCUGCCAAAGUACUUGUUGAAGAUGUCCUUGAUCAUGUUGUGACCGAGCGAUUGGGCUCCAAGGCCGCGAGAAUAUUUAGAUUGAUAAGAGCAAAAAAAUAUGUAGAGGAGGAAGACAUACAGAAGAACGCCAUGUUGCCAAAUAAGGAGUGCAAACAGUUGACAUACAAAUUAUUAGAAGAACAUUUCAUUAGUGUACAGCCAAUGAGGAAAUCUCAACAAGUGUCCGGAACACAGAAAGGGAUAUAUUUAUAUCAUGUCAAGUUAUUUGAGGCAGUUCACGUCUGUCGCGAGAUGUGUUACUCGUCGCUGCACAACCUGUCCCGUGCUCGAAGUCAGCUGGUCUCGGAGCACGGUCGAGCCUUGGACAAGCAAAGGCGCGUACGAACCAUUGUGCAUGGGAUGCGCAUGCGCAGCGAGACGGAGGAAAGCAUUAAUGAUGUGUUAGAAACAUUGACUCCUCCAGAAGUAAACCUGCUGGCUCAGGUGGAGAAGCAGCUGAAACAGCUCAGUACGGCUGAACUCGAGCUGGACAGAAAUCUAUUUAUUCUUAAUUGGUAUCUCCACUAUCCUUAGAAUCUAAAAUAUGAUUUUAUACUUUUAAGUUUACCUAAAUGGAGUACAAUGUUAUAAUAAAAGAUUAAAGCUGUUUGUGUCUUUUUUUGCGACACGCUUGCGGUGCCUACAUCUAAUCCAUGCUAGGCAAAUGAUGUACCAAAUUUUCUUUUUAUUAUAUAUUAAAAAUAUAUGUAUUAAAAUAAGAAAAUGAUUAUUUUAGGUCGUUUUUAUUCCUUUGUUCGCAAAAACAUGUUUUUACGAAAUAAAUAUAUUGUCCUGGCAGAUCUUGAAUCGACCUCUGGUUCAUUGAUACAGCUAAAAUAAAAGCACAAACACAUUCUUAGAAUUUUAUUUGACCCCAUCGAAACUGAAUGCUAAAACAAUAUACAACCUAUACCGAUGUUAUAAAACUAUUCGUUAUUUAUACGAAUCGUACCGAGCCAAGUCUUCAACAUUAUUAUAUUAACAAUUAUAAUUGAUAUAUUUUUGGAUGGCACUCUUGACUGACAACAUAUGACCCUUUUUUAUUAAUCAUUAAAUAAAUAAUUCUUCAAAGAAAUAAGUCAUAGGAAUCUUACGGAAAUGUAUCUUAUAACAACGUAACAUAUCAAGUAACUUUAAUAUAGAAAAUAAAGUGAAAAUUCAAGAGUGCCAUCCUAAAUGCAGAAAUCAUGCAUUUAUGAGGAAUCGGUAUUUUAAGCUUUGGUUAAUCGCUAAACUAUUUCGGUCAAAACUAGUUAGGCAUCCAUACAAACAAUUCGUAUUAUUUUAUUUCGUAUAGUUUACGUACUAAGCCUUUUAAGUCUGCCAUUAUAAAACGCCACAGACUUUUAAUAUACAAUUCCUUUCAUAAGUGCUUAGGAUUUCUAGAAAUAAAAAAAAAUGCUAUUUUUCUGAUGCUAAUUCCCAAGAUUUUCGACGAUUCUUUGACUGUUUUCAAAGCUUAAAAUACCGAGCUUUACACGAUGAAUAUUUUAUAAUAUAGAUUAUGUAAAUCUGUUAUAGUGACACCUAUUAUUGACCGUUGUAUGUCGCUAAUUUUAAAUGAAGUUUAACUUAAAUAGUUUUUUUAAGUUAAGAUACCAAUAUAAAAAAUUAAGAACAUUUCUUGGUCAAUUAAAAUUAAAUUUUGUUUUUUAAUUUAAUUUUGCCAAUCUUUAUUCGGCUCUUGCUAGAUUGAACAUGACAUGAAAGUUAUCAAUAAUUUAAUAUAUUAACAGAAGUUCUAUAUAAAACAAUGUAAUAGAAUUUAUUAUUUUUAACAAUUAAAAUAUUUGGUAAGCGGAACCGAAAUAUCUAUGGUUAAAAAAGACCACGCCUAACAUACAACGGCUUAUAGAAGCUAAAUUAUUUCUAAAGUUUAAAGAUAUUUACAUAACAGUCAGCCACCACGUUUAGAUAAAAAAAUUGAAUCGUCUAUUCCCGCAUAGUUUACAUACCUUAACUAGACUGUUGUCUAUCAUAGCGUUAGUUAUCGAAUUGAAAAAUAGUAAAACUAAACGUGGUUUUGACUUCUAAUCUAUGGAAAUAUUAAAAUAUGGUGAAGACAUCGAACUAUACUACGAUAUCACCUUAUACAACCUACUUACCUAUACACCUUAGCCCGAAAUUAAUUAAAACAGCCGCAGAACGUAUAUAUCUUUUAUAAUAAUUGGAGGGCUAAAAGCUGUCAACACUCGUUUUCUAGUGUUGCUGGGGCUAGAGAAUAUUUACAAAAUUUUAGAUUAUGCGUUGUAGUUUUCGUAUUAAUCCAUCCAUCCAUCCAUAAUAUUGAUAUUCGUAAUAAAAUCCUUCUGAUUUUAAGUAUAGAGUUAUAGAUUUUUCUAUAGAAAACAAUUUUUUAUAUAAAAAUCUAAAACUUACCCCUUUAUUAAUUAAAACGAAAUCAAUGCAAUUGUACUCUUUUCUGCCAAAUUGAUGAUUGAUUGAUUAUUCAUGAAUUAGGGUGUUAGAAUUUUGUAUUUUAAUCUUUAAAACCGGAUAUUAAGAACUUUAACAUAAAACUAGAGUAAAGCGCCAUCUAUUGUGAUAAGAAGCAAAAAUAAAAAAUGCAAAUCAAUUUGUAAUUUUAUUUUAAUUAUCAACUAGGUAUUUUUACACAACUUAACAAAAUACGUACAGCAACUAAACAGAGUAACCAAAAUUUAAAAAAAAAAAAAAACAUUCGUUGCGACCUCGGGAAUAUAUACCUGAAAUAAAUUAU